ACACUCAUCCCUCAUAUCUCACAGCUUGCUAAAACACUUCCAGCGAUGUGACGUCGCCUUGUGCGGCCACCAUUCUCGCUUUUCUCCUCCAAAUUACCGAGCGCAAUAUUGAGCCUUCGGGCGCGGGGGUCAAUCACAUGGCCCUCAUCCAGCACAGCCGACGCCGGGCUCUCCUCGACAUAAAUUUCGGCCGUCCACUGCGACCAGCGACCCCAUAUUCGCUGCCCCGCAUCCCAGCUUGGCGACACUCCGGACGUACCGCCUGGGUUGCCUCAGCUGACCUUAGCUGACCCCUUGGCACAGCCCGAUCGAGCUAAACUCGAUUUUGACCACUGUCUUCAAAUUCGACAUCCCGACUUUCUUUGCGCGUCCACUCUAUCGCCCUUCAAAUACUCUGCACAAAGUUCGUGGAUGGUGGAGGACACUAGAUCUCUUCCAUCCACCUUGAGAAACACCCCUUGCAAGUGCUCCUGUAAUGCUCAGGUUGGCAUCCAGUUCCAUCUCUGUGUCCCGAGUGUCUUCCCGUCUUCCGCACCGUCCGACGGCUACCAUGUCCAAAUCACGUACAUUCAAAUCGUCCGCCCUCCGAAAGGAGGAAGUCCCUCGCGGCUACGCGAUUGACCCAUCUGCAGGCAAGAUGCUUCGCUUUGAAGCCUCUCUGCCAAGGCUACCAGUCCCUCCACUAUCAUCUACCGCAGCUAAAUACCUUGAAACUAUCAAACCUCACUUGACGCCUGAGGAAUUCUCCAAGACGGCGAUGAUUGUCAAGAACUUUGUCGAGUCCGGGCAAGGGAAAGAGCUGCAGAAGCGACUCGAGACGCGUGCGGCGGACUCGAAUAUCAAAAAUUGGCUGGCAGACUGGUGGAAUGAGACCGCAUACAUGGGCUACCGCGAUCCUGUGGUUGUGUAUGUAAGCUACUUCUACGUGCACCAAGACGAUCUUCGGAAGCCUGGUCAGGCAAAGCGCGCCGCGCAGCUUCUGAAGGGUUUUCUGGCGUUCCGUUCAUUUGUGGAAAGCAAAGAGCUGGAACCAGAAAAGGUCAAGGGCACUCCUCUCGCGAUGGCUUCGUAUAAAUGGCUAUUCCAUGCAUGCCGGUACCCUGUGAAGCCCACUGAUACCGCGCACAAAUUUGAUCCCGCGAAGCACAAUCAUGUCGUCUUCGUCCGAAAGAACAAGUUUUUCCAGGUUCCGCUCGUCACCAGGGACGGGCGUGAACUCACUGCGGCGGAACUGGAGGUUCAAAUUGAUCGCGUCAUAGCUAUGGCCGGCGAGACGAAAGGUGUUCCGGUCGGUGCUCUGACGUCCGAGAACCGGGAUAUCUGGGCUGAUGCACGAGAAGCACUGCUCAGGGCUUCUCCCUCCAACGCAGCGGCUCUCCAGGCCAUCGAAUCUGCGAUGGUUAUCGUCUGUCUAGACGACACUAAGCCCGUCACUCGCGAGGACAUUAGCUGGAGUUGCUGGGUAGGCGACGGCAAGAACCGUUUCUACGACAAACAUCAGGUGAUUGUGUUUGAGAACGGCAAAUCUGGCUUCCUUGGCGAGCACUCGUGCAUGGACGGUACACCGACACUGCGCAUGACCGAGUUCGUCAUUGGCGCACUCGCACAGGGCAAGCUCGACCUUGGUGCACCACGCUCGGCAGACACCGGCAGCACCCUCGAGCCGCCGCGUGAGCUCACGUUUGUGCUCGACACGGUGUCGCGCGAAGCGAUUGCCCGCGCCGAGGAGCACUUCGAUACGCUUGUCGGUGCGCAUGACAUGGAGGUGCUGCACUACGAAGGUUACGGCAAGGAGUACAUCAAGAAAUUCAAGACGUCCCCAGACGCGUGGGCACAGCUCGUGAAGCAGCUCGCGUUUCACAAGAUGUUUGGCCGCCCGGGCGUGUGCUACGAGAGCGCGCAGACGCGCAAGUACCAGCUCGGCCGGACCGAGGUCAUUCGCGCCGCAAGCAACGAAAGUAAGGCCUGGGCAGAGGCGAUGCUCGACCCCGAGACGACGGUCGCCCAGCGCGCAGAUCUCUUCCGCAAGGCUAUGGCACGCCAUCUGCAGUACGCGGCCUGGGCAGCGGAUGGACAGGGUGUCGACCGCCACCUGUUCGGUCUGAAAAAGAUGCUUCAGGAGGGCGAGCCCACGCCCGAGAUCUACACCGACCCAGCAUACUCCAGAACAAAUCACUGGGAACUCUCGACGUCAAAUUUGUCCUCGCCGUGCCUUGAUGGCUGGGGUUAUGGAGAAGUCGUGCCCGACGGCUACGGCCUGUCAUAUACCAUUGGCGACGAGUACAUCCGCUGGACGAUUACCAGUUUGAAGCGUGGCACAAAGGAGUUCAAACACUACCUGGCCGAGGCUGCAACGGAGACACGGGAGAUGAUGGAGCAGGCAGUCAAGGAGCGGGCGGCCAAUGCGUCACAAGGCGGGAAGGUUAGGCUAUAGAAGCUUCCUAGUACAUAGAGGUACAGUAGUGGGCGGAAGAUUCUGAUAUAGCGCACUUGGUCCUAAUCCAGUUCAACAAGUAUGGAAUGCGAGUUAUGCAGCGUCUUCCGAUAACAGCACAUAUUCUCUCUGAGACUCUCCGAAUUUGAGGACAUCUCCCAGCUUCAGUUCAUAAUACCUACUGGUGGGAAUGGUUUCCCCAUUCACAGCCGUGCCAUUAGUCGAUUCUAGAUCUAUGACAAAUGGCUUUACGACUGCCUUCGUAUCUCCGAACUCGUUCUUCUCAUGAAUCUGGCGGAAUUGAAUAGCAGCAUGCUGUUUAGAGCAUGACGGGUGGUCUACGGCGAUGUCCACCACCAAGCGGUCUCGGCCAACGAGAUACGCACUUUGCCUCUGGAUGUGCAGUACGUCGAGUUGCUCCUGCCCCUUGAACACGUAUAGUCUCCAGCCUACUGAAGGCUUCCGCGCUUCUGGAGGCUCGUGGUACUUGAGCACCGUCUUCGUCCCGUCCUUGUGUUCAAUAGUUUUGGUCGCAGCAGCAAGCAGUCCGCUCGGGUUGAAGUUAGGCUUGGCCUUGUCCUCCGGAGACUUUGAACGGGAGACUCCCGACUUCGGCCGGGACGCUGAGCGGCGGCGCGGCGACGCAGAGCGACGCGAAGGGCCAUCCUUCGGUGUAUCUCUUCGCCGCUCACCACCGCCGUUUCUCAUGUCUCUAUCAUCCCUAUCCCUGUCUCUGCCUCGAUCUUUGUCUCGUCCUUCCCGCUCCCUUCUGCUAGGGUAAUCCCUGUCGUAGUCAUCGCGGCCCCUGCUAUGCCGCGGUUCAUUGCGUUCGCGGUCGUCUCUCCGCCGGUCACGCUCGGGAUACCUGCUUUCUCGCCGCGGCGGGUCGUCAUACUCCUUCCUAGAACUUUUUGAAGUUCCGAAGUGGCGAUCAGGAUCUUCGGUGUGGUACGGGCGGCGAGGAGGAGAGUCUCGCACCAUUGCG